AUGAAGGCCAACAUAACUCAAGUGAGGUCUGUGAACAAAAGGUUCAACAUCUUUACUUCUCUGCGGACCAACCCUACACCACCUGACCCAUCUCCAUAUGCACCUCUUGGGAAUACCACAUAUGCAAUAAAGGAUAAUUUUGCCACAAGAAAGGAGCCAACGACCUGCUCCUCGAAGAUGCUUGAACCAUACAUUUCACCUUUUGAUGCCACUGUGGUGACUCUUUUGGAUCAAUCUGGGUCGUCCUGCAUAGGUAAAACUAAUAUGGAUGAGUUUGCGAUGGGAAACUCUACCAUUUCCGGACAUUUUGGCCCGACCUUAAAUCCAGUUUACCCCCAGGCACAAGAUUUGGAACAAAGAAUAGUAGGUGGAUCAAGUGGGGGAUCUGCGGCAGCAGUUGCUCUAGACUUGGUUGACUAUUCGAUUGGCUCCGAUACGGGUGGUUCGGUGCGUCUGCCAGCAUGUUAUACAAAUAUAUAUGGAUUCAAGCCUACGUACGGACGUAUUUCCCGAUGGGGUUUAGUGGCGUAUUCUCAAAGUUUGGAUACCGUCGGGGUCAUGUCGAAGGACUUGAACACGCUUUGGAAAGUGUUCACGUCGCUAGACCUAUCCGAUUCCAAAGACCCGUCAUGCUUGAGCGACUCGACCAGAGAAAGUAUUGCAAUUGAAAGAUUGAAUAGUAAGAAGAAUGUGGGCAAAAAAUUUAAAGUGGGGAUUCCAGUGGAGUAUCAGUUAGCAGAGCUUGGCGACGAUGUGAAAAGCUCAUGGAAAACGCUUCUAAACAAACUUCAAGCAUCUAAAUUGAUUGAAGUUUAUCCUGUUUCCGUUCCUUCUAUCAAAUAUGCUCUCCCUACUUACUACACACUCUGUACAGCUGAAGCGUCGUCUAAUUUGAGCAGGUAUGACGGCAUCAGAUACGGCUAUCGUGUGAAGGAGGAUGAAUGCAACACAAAAAUUGAACCUGAGUUUAUCACCACAAGAAACUUGGGUUUUGGUGCAGAAGUGAGACGCCGUAUCAUCCUUGGCAACUAUGCUUUGAGCUCUUAUGGUUAUGACAGUCACUUCAUGAAAGCGACCGGUGUCCGUGGGAUGCUUAUAGAUGAGUUCAAUCAAAUCUUUAAAGACCGUAAUUGUCUGGUGCAAAAGAAGCACUUCCAAAGCACCGCCGGGGUGGACAUGCUCAUUGUUCCAACCACUGUGUCCGAGCCUCCCUCUAUCAAGGACUUCAGCAAAAUGGAUACGGUGAAAUCGUAUAUGAACGAUGUUUGUACUAUUCCAAUGUCGUUGGCGGGAUUACCAGCAAUAAGCAUCCCUUACGGAGGGAAUUCGAUGGGAUUUCAGCUUGUGGGACAACACGGCCAAGACUACAAGGUUCUUGAGUUUGCAAGAUUGGUUGAAGAAGUGAUUGCCAAAUAG